CAAAACCCUAAAAUCCAUAAUUUUUGAUUUUGGGUUUAAAAACUAAAAACUUCCCAUCUUCGAACCCAUCUUUUUCGAAGAACCCCAUAAAAAUACCCUUAAAAAAGGGGGGAAAAUGGCCAAAUGAGAGAGAAAAACAAGGCAAAUCUAGCGAGGAGCUUUAAAGGAUGUGGAGGGCGGUAGAGUAGUGGUUGUAGUAGUAGUAGUAGUAGUAAUCGUAGUAGAAGAAGACACUGUUGCGUAGAGAACGCUCCCUUCCAAAACAAUCAUAUUACUAACUGGAUCUUGGAUGAUAGCUGAUGGUUCUGAAUUAGAUUACGAAGGUGCUGCGAAGAAGAUUGAACGAAGGGUGUGUUUGUUAGAUUUUGGAUUCAUUUUAAUAGGUUGUGAACUUUGGGAUGUUACGAGAAUUGAAACAAGUCUGCUGAGUUCAUUAAACUCAGUAAGAGAUUCUCGAUUAGUAGAAGGGAGCUGAGUUCAUGAGUCUACCGAUUAGGAAUUGCUGUAUGAAAACUCAGCAAAAGGAGUGGUAGUGUCUCGCAAUGGUUGAGAAUUGGGCUGAAACCAAAAGGAAACGGCAGUCAUGUUGUCAGAUGAGUUCAUGAAUUAUGUUGCCUUUGAUGAAAAUUCAAUUUCAGAUUUUUCCAAGAGAAUACUCGCUAUGAAGAGUGAUAAGAUGAAGAGUGGGGAUGUAUUUCCUCGCAGAAGCAAGAAACUCAAGGAUAUUAAUCAUUGCAACAAUGAAAGUGAGGAUAUAAAAAUUAUUGAUCUACGUUUAGUCAAGGAACCGAAUUUUACCCCGGAGAGAAAGGAGGAACGAAUGUUGGGAUUGCUUAAUUGGCUUAAAGGGAUUGCAAGAAACCCGUGCGAUCCUUCAGUAUGUUCAUUACCCGAAAAGUCGAAAUGGAAAUCAUAUGGAAAUGAAGAGAUUUGGAAACAAGUUUUGCUGGUUCGAGAGGAAAUGUUUGUGAAACGACAAGUUGAUUCAAGUAGCGAACAAUCUCUGGUGCAGAGAAAUCAGAGGAUGCAUCCUUGUAUGUACGACGACGAUAUGGUUCCGAUUUACAAUCUUAGGAAGAGAUUAAGCUUUGAGAAGAAGGAUCUUUCUCAAGAACCUGUCUCUAAAACAAGUGAUUCCUCACCUACAGAUUCAUCAGAUGAUUACAAGCCCGUUCCUCUGGGGUCAGAUUACCAAGCUCAAGUACCAGAAUGGAAUGGCGUGAUAUCCGAAAGCGAUUUAAAGUGGUUGGGAACUCAAGAAUGGCCCUUGAAGAAAGGAAGGAACCGAUAUCUAGUCGAACGGGAUCCCAUUGGGAGAGGAAGGCGAGACCCUUGUGGGUGCUUCGACGCCAACUCGGUUGGUUGUGUCAAAUUUCAUGUUACUGAGAAAAGACACAAAGUGAAGCUGGAGUUGGGCGAUGCGUUCCUCCAAUGGAGAUUUGAUAAGAUGGGGGAAGAUGUUACGUUUUCAUGGACUGCUGACGAUGAGAAAAAGUUUGAGGACAUCGUGACAUCGAACCCUCCGUCCCUCGGGAUUUCUUUUUGGGAUGAGAUCAUUGAGUCAUUUCCUUCUAGGAGCAAGGCGGAUCUUGUUUGCUACUACUAUAAUGUCUUUCUUUUACGUCGUAGAGGACACCAAAAUCGGGUUACACCAAAUGAAAUCGAUAGUGAUGAAGAGUCGGAAUCUGGAAUUGUAACGAAUGGACUUCGAAACGAAGUGCAUAAUUCAUCAGACUCCAUUUUCUACUCUCCCAAGAAGCCACGGUAAGCUUGAGACAUCGCUCAAAAACGAUUUUUUGACGAGCACCGAUGUUGAUUCUGAUUUGGAAAUAUGCAUUUUUUGAUAAAUAAUUUUAGUUGAGUGGGGAAGGGAAAUUUUUUUGUGACCUUACAUGGAAAGGUGCAGUUGUAGCCUGUGAAAAAUGGUAGCGACGGGGACGGGGACGGGGGACGGGGACGAGGACGUCGUGAUUUACUGAGUCAUUGUUACGAAAACAAGCUGAAUUUUGAGGCUCGAGCAAUUUUGAUUUUGGGUUAUGCUGCUCCGUUUCGAUCAAAUUGAAGGGUUGAUGAAUUGUUUUGGCCGCUUUUGGGUCACAAGGCUCUCUUAAGCGAGACAAAUAGAUUGAAGAGAUGUUAUUUUGUUGGAUCCAAAAGUUUCAUCCAUGUAUAUUUGUUUAGUCACGUUGACAUGGAAAAAACGUAGCAUGGUCAUGGUUAAAAUUACACUUUGAAUAGUUAAUAGUUCAUAGUAGCUCUCACUUGUC